CACUGCUGCCUGCAGUCCCCAGCUCUGGGUCUGACAGGCCGCCCUGCACCCUGCGGACCCUGCUCUGCUCUGCUCCAGGGCUGGCCCUGGAACACCACAGAAUCUCAGGGAUCUUAGCUGCAAAAUGGGAGUGUUCAAGAAGGCRAGCCCCAAUGGAAAGCUCACCGUCUACCUGGGAAAGCGGGACUUUGUGGACCACAUCGACCUUGUGGACCCUGUGGAUGGUGUGGUCCUGGUGGAUCCUGAGUAUCUCAAGGAGAGGAGAGUCUAUGUGACACUGACCUGCGCCUUCCGCUAUGGCCGGGAGGACCUGGACGUCCUGGGCCUGACCUUUCGCAAAGACCUGUUUGUGGCCAACGUGCAGUCCUUCCCGCCGGCCCCCGAGGACAAGAAGCCCCUGACGCGGCUGCAGGAGCGCCUUAUCAAGAAGCUGGGCGAGCACGCCUACCCYUUCACCUUUGAGAUCCCUCCAAACCUUCCAUGCUCYGUGACGUUGCAACCAGGGCCUGAAGACACAGGGAAGGCCUGUGGUGUGGACUAUGAAGUCAAAGCAUUCUGUGCUGAGAACCUGGAGGAGAAGAUCCAUAAGAGGAAUUCUGUGCGCCUGGUCAUCCGGAAGGUUCAGUAUGCCCCAGAGAGGCCUGGCCCCCAGCCCACAGCUGAGACCACCAGGCAGUUCCUCAUGUCGGACAAGCCCCUGCACCUAGAAGCCUCCCUGGACAAGGAGAUCUAUUACCAUGGAGAACCCAUCAGCGUCAACGUCCACGUCACCAACAACACCAACAAGACAGUGAAGAAAAUCAAGAUCUCGGUGCGCCAGUAUGCGGACAUCUGCCUUUUCAACACAGCACAGUACAAGUGCCCCGUGGCCAUGGAGGAGGCUGAUGACACUGUGGCACCCAGUUCGACGUUCUGCAAAGUUUACACGCUGACUCCCUUCCUGGCCAAUAACCGAGAGAAGCGGGGCCUCGCCCUGGAUGGGAAGCUCAAGCAUGAAGACACGAACCUGGCCUCCAGCACCCUGUUGAGGGAAGGCGCCAACCGUGAGAUCCUGGGGAUCAUUGUUUCCUACAAAGUGAAGGUGAAGCUGGUGGUGUCUCGGGGCGGCCUGUUGGGAGAUCUUGCGUCCAGCGAUGUGGCUGUGGAACUGCCCUUCACCUUAAUGCACCCCAAGCCCAAAGAGGAACCCCCACAUCGGGAAGUUCCAGAGAACGAGGCGCCAGUAGACACAAAUCUCAUAGAACUUGAUACGAACGAUGACGACAUUGUGUUUGAGGACUUUGCUCGCCAGAGACUGAAAGGCCUGAAGGACGACAAGGAGGAAGAGGAGGAUGGCACCGGYUCUCCACACCUCAACAACAGAUAGACUGGCGGCCCGUGCCCAGCAGCUCCGGGCCGCUCUCUUGCACUAGGAUGCUUACUUGUCUUCUUCCUGUUCUGGUUUCCCUCCCCUUUGUUCUUCCAAUUUCAACUAGGGGACCCCAAGUGGUCUUCCUGGUCACGGUGAUGAACCUCUGGCCUCAGGAUUGGCCCCACAUCACCAUGCCAACAGUGCACCACCUUCACCUCUCUGCGGUCACCGCUCCACCCACCCUCUUUUCAUGCUCAUUCCCACAAAGGCCACCAYAGCCCUGGCCUUGGGAUUGGGCUUGAGAUGGGGAGUGGGAAGGGCAGGGUGGGGCUGGAGGGGCUCUGUUGUGGUGGGUGUGAGGGCUCGGAGGAGUGGGCAUGAGGGCUCAAGACACAUGAGAAGAUGUCCCCAGUUCUACCUGGUAAUGGUUCUGGCAGCUAAAAGAUGACUAUAUUGAAGGCCACCCCCUCCCAACUGGAGGGGCAGAACCAUGGAGAGAUUCUCAAUGCCUUUUUGCAGUUUGGACCCACCAAAGACCUCUCCCCCUCCACCUUUCUCCUUGUCCUGUGUCCCUGUGUCUGAUAGUGGCAUUGGUGAAGCUCGUGAGCUCAUAGACCC